CCUACCUAUAGUUUUGCUCUUCCUUGUUUUAAGGCCAUAUCCCUAAAACAUGAUAUAAAAUACCUUUCUCUUUACCAGAAGUGGUCUCAUCUCUCUCUCACUCAUUAUUUUAAACUAGAUAAUGAUAGGUUAACCACCACCCUCUCCUUGGUUUCUACUUUUUCACUCACCUUUAAAUAUUCACAAAAUAAUCCUUCUGCUAUCUCUCACACUCUUACUUAAUUUACCUCUUUUAAUUUCCAUGAUGAUGAUGAAACACCAAGACAUGUUUGGUUGUAACACCAACAUCACUGAAAUUAAUCACAUUCUUUUAAAUCCUCUAAACCCUAGCAUCUCCUCAAUGGAUGAUCAUCAACAACAACAACAUCAAGAGGAUCAAAUCCUCAUCAACUCAUAUGAUGAUCAUGAUUUUCAUUAUUUCCCACAUCCUUUUCUUGAUGACGACGACCUAUUUUUAAGCCAUUUUCUAUCACAACAACAACAAUUCUUCGAACAACGAGAUCAGCAACUUGACGAAACGACGAAAAAGAUGAAGAAGAAGAAGAAAUUGUGUGGAAGUAGUAGUAGUAGAAAAAAUGGGAGCAACUCUACAAAGAGAAGAGGGAAGAAGGAUAGACAUAGUAAGAUCUACACAGCACAAGGCCCAAGAGACCGUAGAAUGAGGCUGUCCCUUCAAAUUGCAAGGAAAUUCUUUGAUCUUCAAGACAUGCUAGGCUUUGACAAAGCUAGUAAAACUAUAGAGUGGCUUCUUCUUAACUCAAAUUCAGCCAUUAAAGAUCUCAAACAAGCCUACUUCUUUAAGUACUCAAAUUCUGGCCAAUCAAGUGAGGUUGUGUCAGAGAUUAAUGAUAACAAUGGUGUUUUUAAUGUUGCUGCUUCUAAUCUAUAUCAAGAACAAGAUCAAGAAGAUGUUGCGUUUACGGGCGGUUUUAAAGACAAGAUCAAAAGCAGGACGUUACGAACCGUUGCGAGAGAGGCGAGGGAUAGGGCGAGAGCUAGGGCAAGACAAAGAACACUCUUGAAAAAUACUUUACUACCAAACCCUCCUAUUACUUCUUCCAUUUCUCAACAUUUUGAUCAUCUCUCAGGUAAUAACAAUAUUAGUAGUAGUAGUAAUAAUAAUAAUAAUACCUAUCUUGAUUAUUAUCCUACAUUUUCUUGCCCUAGUACUUCCAUUUUCCUUCCUUCUCCACUUCCCUUACCCUACUCUUUUACUGAUUCCACAUUACUUAAAUUGCCCUAAUUUUCAAUAAAAAUAUAUACCCCCAAUAUAUCAAUUCCCAAUUCCCAGAAGAAGAAAAAAACCCUAAUUCAAAAGGCUGUUAUAUUAUUCUCUCUAGAUCUAGCUUUUUUUGGUUCUUUUUCCCCCAAAUUUCUUGUUUUCUUGUUUCAUAAACAGACACUUGUUUAAUUAAUAAUAACCUUCUUCCAUUGUCAAUCAUAUAAGUUUAGGUUAAAGUUGAUAUAUAUAUAUAUAUUUUUUUUUUGGUUCUGAGUGCCUUUUUCUCAUUUUUUGUUGAUUAAAAUUUCUUUAUUAUUGUUGGUUUGGGUGUUGUAUUAUUUGGGAAAUUUUGUAUAAAACUGCUGUAUUAUUCUUUCUCCCACAUUUUUAUGGGGGGAAAAGCAAGAAGCUUGGAGUUCUUGUGUGUGUGUGAACCAAAGGAAUUUCUUUCCAUUUA